AUGCCCAGAGUGUGGAAAGUGUUUUGCCCAAUCCGGAAAUAUGCUCCGACAUCGGCAGACACACAGGAAAAACUGAAAUUCCACAGGAACGUGUCAUCUCCUGUCAUUGUGUCAUCUGCCGUCAAGUUUAAGCACUCCAAACACCAGUGUCCUGUGUGCGGGAAGACCUACAGAGGAAACACCAACUUGAACUAUCACAUGGCUACCGACACCGGCAUCCGGCCUCACAAAUGUUCCACCUGCGGCAAGGCCUUUACCCAGAAGUCCACUCUGCGCACACACUUCCGGAUUCACACAGGCGAGAAACCGAAAAAGUGCCGGACCUGCACCCGUGCAUUUGCGGACUACUCCACCUGCAUGAAGCAUGAGCGGACCCACAGCGGGGAGAAGCCAUACGCAUGCCCAGAGUGUGGAAAGUGUUUUGCCCAAUCCGGAAAUAUGCUCCGACAUCGGCAGACACACAGGAAAAACUGA